AAUGAUGGACCGUCUGAAGUGUGUGAGAGAAUCGGAGAAGGAGAAUCCAGUCCAUCUUUUUCCUUGCGCGCUGUUGAGUUCCUCGAAGCUCCGUGUUUUGCCCCCGAUCCGUACUUCAAGUUAAGCUGUAGUUUCCAUGGCUGACCAUGGUUUGGUGCUGUUGGCUCUCUCUGUCUGCUCAACCCAGGCUGUGCGGAGCUCCCUGCGGGAUCAGAGCGCUCCCCCGCCGGGACCCUACUCUCACAUCCUCCUGCUGGGACACGGCUACAUUUCCAGCCAAGCCUGGCUUUAUUAUGUGUGUCUGCGCCGCAGCCCCGCCAGCAGUCGGAUCGAGAGGCGGAGGGAAGACCAGAGUCAGGACAAAGAAAAAGGGAGAGAGAGGCUAGCGACCGAAAACAUUUACGGGUUUUAGUUAUUGAAAGGGGGGUACGAAGAAAUAUAAAAUCCCCAAAGGUGAAAAUGCAAGGUAAAACAGCACUGAGAGUGCCACCUUCCGAAAAAUAACCGACGGGGGAGGGCGGUUCGGUGUUGGUAGCCUUGGAUCAAGGCGAAAAAUACUUUGUUCCGAGAACUGCACAAACAGAACCUCAAGAGAAGACUACGUGGGAAAAGAAGAAAAAUCACAGGCUUGCUCCGAGAGAAUCGUUUAAUUGUUUAAUUGAGGUAAUCACAUUAUUGGGACGAACUGCCACCGCUCUCACGUCCGAUCAGGUGUUAGAGUAUUGGUGUAUUAGCAGCAGCCGCGUCUGGAAACUCCGACCGUGCACUGGUGAAGCCGCUUCGCGAGCCAGCGUCUUUCACGGCAAGGAACAAAAGACGGCCUCGCUACAGUCUUCGGAAACCACAAGUUCAUUAAAUUCUACAGGUUCUAGCCGCUGCUGAAGUUACAUUGCUGGAAUAUCCGGAUGCUGCGUCUGUCCAUUGCUCACGACAAACCUCUUCCUCUAAGUGCCACAGGACUAUAACACGGACCGAAGUUGCCGCAUUGCAACAGGCAAAGUAAAAAAAAGCCAAGCGAACUAUCUAUUCACAGCUUAUGGUUAUUUGACACUAAAGGACAAGAGAUCGAUAACAGCAGAUACAAUAGACAACACCUACAGGAGAUGUCCAGGCGAAAGCAGGCCAAACCGCGCUCCGUGAAAGCGGUCGAGGAAGGCGAGACGUCAACGGAGUUUGCAGGCAGUUGGGACUCCUCGUCGGUCCAGACAGAUGUUCCUGCCCAGGAGAAGGAGGGGGAGUCCAAAGAGACGCGGGGAGCAGUCGAGGAUGGCGAACAGAGCGUGACCAGCCAUGAUGACCGCAUUGGGGAUGACGACCUGGACGACGAGUCCAUCUUCACUUGUGACAACUGCCAGCAGGACUUUGAGUGCUUGGCUGACUUGACCGAGCAUCGCACCAACCACUGCCCUGCAGAUGGCGACGAUGACCCGGGGCUCUCCUGGGUGCCCUCGUCCCCCUCCAGCAAAGACGUGGCGUCGCCCUCGCAGAUGCUGGGCGACGGCUGCUGCGACCUGGGCAUGGGCACGGGCGGCGAGGAGGAGGGCGGCUCGGGCCUGCCCUACCCGUGCCAGUUCUGCGACAAGUCCUUCAGCCGCCUGAGCUACCUGAAGCGGCACGAGCAGAUCCACAGUGACAAGCUGCCCUUCAAGUGCACGUUCUGCAGUCGGCUGUUCAAGCACAAGCGCAGCCGCGACCGCCACGUCAAGCUGCACACGGGCGACAAGAAGUACAGCUGCCAGGAGUGCGAGGCGGCCUUCUCGCGCAGCGACCACCUCAAGAUCCACCUGAAGACGCACAGCUCCAGCAAGCCCUUCAAGUGCAGCGUGUGCAAGCGGGGGUUCUCGUCCACCUCCUCGCUGCAGAGCCACAUGCAGGCGCACCGCAAGAACAAGGAGCACAAGGACCUGAAGGACCAGGGCGGACGCAAGGCCGGCGGCGGAGGGGCAGGGGGAGGCUCGGCCGGCUCGGGCGGCUCUGAGGGCGGCGCGGACGUCGAGCAGGACCUGUACAUGUGCGACUACUGCGAGGAGACGUUCAGCCAGACGGACGAGCUGGAGAGGCACGUGCUGACGCGGCACCCGCAGCUGUCGGACCGCGCCGAGCUGCAGUGCAUCCACUGCCCGGAGAUCUUCAGCGACGAGGGCACGCUGCUGGCGCACAUCGACCGCGCUCACGCCCACCGCAAGCACAAGUGCCCCGUGUGCGCCGAGCAGUUCCCCUCGGUGGAGGAUGUCUACUGCCACCUGGACAGCCACCGGCAGCCGGACUCCAGCAACCACAGCGUCAGCCCCGACCCCAUGCUGGGCAGCGUGGCCUCCAUGAGCAGCGCCACGCCGGACUCUAGCGCCUCCCUGGAGCGCGGCUCCACGCCGGACUCCACCCUCAAGCCCGUGCCCAGCCGCCGCAAGCUGGCGCCGUCCUCGUCCGACCUGGAUGACGGCGUCCUGGGCUGGGCCCAGGCGGGCAAGGUGACCUACAGCUGCCCGUACUGCUCCAAGCGCGACUUCAACAGCCUGGCGGUGCUGGAGAUCCACCUGAAGACCAUCCACGCCGACAAGCCGCAGCAGAGCCACACGUGCCAGCUGUGCCUGGACACUCUGCCCACCCUCUACAACCUCAGCGAGCACAUGCGCAAAGCCCACCGCGCCAGCGGGGGCAGCGUUGCGGCGGUGGCAGCGGCCGCCGCCUCCACGCUCCCCAUCCUGCAGUUCAGCAACGUGACGGCCUUCCACUGCAACUACUGCCCGGACAUGUUCGCCGACAUCAACUCGCUGCAGGAGCACAUCCGCGUGACGCACUGCCUGCCCGGCGGCGUGCUGGCCGGCUCGACCACGCUAGAGGGCAACCACGCCUUCUUCUGCAACCAGUGCUCCAUGGGCUUCCUGACCGAGUCCUCGCUGACCGAGCACAUCCAGCAGUCACGGUGCUCAACCAUGCCAGUCUUUAUGGAGGUCUACUCGUGCCCCUACUGCACCAACUCGCCCAUCUUCGGCUCGCUGCUCAAGCUGACCAAGCACAUCAAGGAGAACCACAAGAACAUCCCGCUGGCCAACAACAAGCGCAAGGUCAAAGUGGCCGACCUCAGCCCGGCGUCGUCCGACGUGGAGAUCUUAGGCGGCACGGGCGGCCGCCACCCGACCCCGCAGCUUGGCGACUACCCCUGCAACCAGUGCGACCUGCGCUUCGUCAGCUUCGAGGGCUUCCAGGCGCACCUCAAGUCGCACCUGGAGCUCCUGCUGCGCCGGCAGUCCUGCCCGCAGUGCAACAAAGAGGACUUCGAAUCCCAAGAUGCACUGCUGCAGCACCUGACGGUGCACUACACCACCACCUCCACGCAGUAUGUGUGCGAGAGCUGCGACAAGCAGUUCUCCUCGGUCGACGACCUGCAGAAGCACCUGCUGGACAUGCACACUUUCGUGCUCUACCACUGCACGCUGUGCCAGGAGGUGUUUGACUCCAAGGUGUCCAUCCAGGUCCACCUGGCGGUCAAGCACAGCAGCGAAGAAAGAUGUUCGGCGGCGUGCCACAGGACUUCACAUGAGGCGGACCUUCAGCUGCACGUCAAGCAAUACCUGGGCCACCCCAAGCGGUCGAGGGGCGUAAAGACCCAUAAGUGCAUCUUCUCGCGGGAGAGCUUCUGCACCAGUGGAGCUCAGUGCCACAUCACCCGCGCAGCAAAUUACAACUGCGGCUUUCUCGGCAAGGCCUUCCAUCCAUCGUGCUGCUUGAGGAGGGCACCUCCUCAGCGGCUUACUGCUCGCCGAGGCUGACCCGCAGCAUGCUGAGUAGCGAGGCAGCCAGAGCGGCCGCCAUAUGGCGUGGCCCAACCAAGCGGGAGGAGGAGGAAGCGGGGGAGGCGGUGUGGCCGGGGGGGACUGUGGCGACCAGGGCAAACAGACCUGCAGAGCAUGCUGCUGAAGCGGCGUGUCGGCCAGCAGGCGGCGUCCAAACGGCCCCGCCCGAGCGGCCGGCGGACCAACCUGGACCUCUCAGAUUAUGUCUGCGUGCGACAUCUGCGCGCCGCUACACCAUGGUCGCUGCUGCAAGACCACCCGACUCUUAGCGACCACAACAUCAAGCCGGGCGAGGGGCCGGCGCCGGCUAAAGCGCAAAGGCCGACUUCAUCAGGGCCUUCCUAAGUGCAGCGUCUCUGGCAUACCUUCUUCUCCGAGUCAGGGCCUCGUGCAACCCAGGCCAAACACUAAUACCCCAUCUAACGGCCUUCCAUUAUUCUCCGUGAACUUCUGUUUAAUAAGGAGGCACGAACCGGAGCGUUACGCAUCUCUGAAUGCGCUGCAAGCGGAGGAGAAUUCGCCGAGCACUGCCAGUGCGGACCUCGCGCUUCGCUGGGCGGGCUUCCGUUCGUGGUCUGCGUACAGCCGGUCACCUCCCUUCGAGCUCAGAUCCGCAGCACGUUCCAUGCAGCUCUCUCGUCUGAGUGCUGGGGCCACGGUAGGGGCAUGGGCGGAGGGGUCAUCGGAGGCGGAGGAGGUGGAGGCGGGUCGGCGUCGUCCUCGCCCAACGGGCAGCUGGGCGGUCACAAGCACUACAAGUGCGCCCUGUGCCUGAAGGAGUUCAAGAACAAGAACGACCUGGUCAAGCUGGACGUCAACGGCCUGCCCUUCGGCCUGUGCGCCGCCUGCAUGAGCCGCGGCACCAACGGGCAGUCGCCCAGCGGGAUGGUCACCACCGGAGGGGGCGGGGGCGGCACCACGCCUCAGGCCGGCGACAAGCGUCACAAGGCUCAUGAGUGCGCGGUGAAGUUCGAGAGCGUGGAGGACCUGGAGAAUCACGUGCAGGUGGACCACCCCAAGAUGAGCCCCGAGACCAGCGGCUCCAAGAAGGUGACCGACGCAUCGCCCGUCCCAAAAAAGAAGACAUAUCAGUGCAUCAAAUGCCAGAUGACCUUCGAGACGGAACGCGAGAUCCAGAUACACGUUGCCAAUCACAUGAUCGAGGAGGGCAUCAACCACGAGUGCAAGCUGUGUAACCAGAUGUUUGACUCUGACCGCUCCUGAAGCCCCUGAUUCGAGCAUAGCCAGGGUAUGGUGGCACUUUUCAAGUGCCCCGUCUGCUUCACAGUGUUUGUCCAAGCCAAUAAGCUGCAGCAGCAUAUCUUUGCUGUCCACGGACAGGAAGACAAGAUCUACGACUGCUCCCAGUGUCCACAGAAGUUCUUCUUCCAGACAGAACUCCAGAACCACACACUGAGUCAGCACGCGCAGUGAGACCGGGCCCGGCAGGACUCCCGGCUCAGCCCGGAUCCCCGACCCACACCCUGCGGGGGAGGAUCAUUUCAACAUCACAGCCAAUCAAAGUGUCAUUUGCUACUCACAUGUAAAACUCUAACGAUUCCACCACCAGGCGCAGCUAUUACGAGCAGUGGGGAAUGAAUAUUAAUGGGAUCUGCUAUUAAAAAGGAAAACGGAGAGAGAGAGACGAGAGAGUGAGAGAGAAAGAAAAAAAGAGAAAGAAAGAGAGAGAGGGGGGAAUAAAGGAGAUGGAGUGGGAGAAAGGUAUUCUACGUGCAGUAUUUUUUAUCGUCCCUGCUUCCCACUUGUGAAGGUUUUUUUCUUCUUUUCCUAUUUUUUGGAACAAAAGAAAAAAUGAAGGAAAAAAAAACCUUGUCUGAUUUUAGUCUUUAGAAAAUGUUUCACUUCUCUUGUCCUCUGUUGCUUCCCGUAUCCAACUUUAGAGCCUGUUUUCCUUCCUCUGUUUAUUUUUGUCCUUUUAUGGUUUUUUUUUUUUUUUUGUUUUUUUCUCUGGUUUUUUGUACCUUUAAGUUCUUGCAAAUUGGUACUUGUGGUGUGUUGUGAUUGCUUGCCAGUCGUAAUAUUUUUUUUUCCUUUUUAUUAUUAUUGUUAAAUAUUUUCUUUUUUCUAAUUACAAUUUUAAAAAGGCAAAAAACAAAUAAAGAUACAAAAAAAACAAAUGUAAUGGUUUGAUUGGAUUUUCCGGUUUAUGGGCCUUAUGGUUGUUGUAAAAAUGAAUAUCAUCAAUUUCAGUGCAACUGGAUGAUGUCUGCUUUUUAAAUGUGAAUUAACCAGAUUGCAAUAACUAGUACCGUUGAAAAAAUAAACAAAUAAAUAAAAACGUGAAUAAAGGGAA